CGCGGCGCGGCCGUGACUGAGCUGCGAGCCUGGCGGGCUUGCGCCUAGCCACGUGCCCCUCCCCGGGCUCCGCACCCCUGAUGCUGCGCGGGUGCUGAGCCCGUCCGCCCAGGCCGACACGAUGGUGAAGUAUUUCCUGGGCCAGAGCGUGCUCCGAAGUUCCUGGGACCAAGUGUUCGCUGCCUUCUGGCAGCGGUACCCGAAUCCCUACAGCAAACAUGUCUUGACUGAAGACAUCGUGCACCGGGAGGUGACCCCUGACCAGAAGCUUCUGUCCCGGAGACUCCUGACCAAGACCAACAGGAUGCCCCGCUGGGCGGAGCGACUGUUUCCUGCCAAUGUUGCUCACUCGGUGUACAUCCUGGAGGACUCUAUUGUGGACCCACAGAAUCAGACCAUGACCACCUUCACCUGGAACAUCAACCAUGCCCGGCUGAUGGUGGUGGAGGAACGAUGUGUUUACUGUGUGAAUUCUGACAACAACAGCUGGACCGAAAUCCGCCGGGAAGCCUGGGUCUCCUCUAGUUUAUUUGGGGUCUCCAGAGCUGUCCAGGAAUUUGGUCUUGCCCGAUUCAAAAGCAAUGUGACCAAGACAAUGAAGGGUUUUGAAUACAUCUUGGCCAAGCUGCAAGGUGAGACCCCUUCUAAAACACUUGUUGAGACAGCCAAAGAGGCCAAGGAGAAAGCGAAGGAGACGGCACUGGCAGCUACAGAGAAGGCCAAGGACCUCGCCAACAAGGCCGCCACCAAACAGCAGCAGCAGCAGCAGCAGUUUGUGUAGCCCACCAGCCCGUGCGGCUCAGCCCUCUCCCCUACUCCUCUUGUACUUAUUAAAAAUCAACUUGCAGCCCUCUCUGCUGUUGGGGUGGUGGCUGCGCACGUGCCCUGUUCAGCAUCUCAGUAUACCAGGCUCCAUGUCCAUGCUGAGCCGGGCCUGCUUGUUCCCCCUUUGGGCAUCUGACAGGUGCAGACAGAUUGUGACUUGCCCAAGGUCACAAGCAGUGCGCAGGUGAAGUGGCAAUAAAUGGUAGACUGUAAGCUCCACGAGGGCAGGGUUCCUUGUUCUAUUCUCUGAUGUGUCCCAAGUCCCUGGAAUAUUUAGCAUAUAACAGGCAUUCAAUAAAUACUUGUUGGACUCAA